AAAUUUGUAUGUGGAUGGCUGUGGAUAAUGAAGAAAUCUCUAUGGCUGUUUGCAAUCUCCUACAAGUCAUUACAGACUCCUUAUCAGGGGAGGGAGAGAAAGAGGAACAUGGGAAAGAAGCCGCUCUGGUGCUGGACACGAAGAAGGAUUUGAAGAUGAUCACAAUGCACCUGCUGGACAUGCUGGUCAGUAAGAAGGUGUCUGGGCAAGGUCGGGACCAGGCUCUCAACCUGCUCAGCAAGAACAUACCAAGAAAGGAUCUGAGGAUCCCCGACAACUCUAGAACCAUCUUCGUCAUUGACAGCGGUCUAAAAAAGAUAUUGAAAGUCGUAGGCCAGGUUCCCGAGCUGCCCAACUGCCUGCCCUUAACGGAGAACACCCGGAUGACCGCUUCCAUUCUCCUGAACAAGCUGUAUGAUGACCUGCGAUGUGAUCCCGAGCGAGAUAACUUCCGCGAGAUCUGUGAAGAGUACAUCAAGAGCAAGGUUGACCCUCAGGACAUGGAUAAGACUCUCCAUGCCGUCCAGACGGUGUCUGGGAUCAUGCAAGGGCCUUUUGACUUGGGCAACAAGUUGCUGGGCAUGACGGGUGUCAUGGAGAUGAUGGUGGCUUUGUGUGGCUCUGAAAGGGAGAUCGACCAGCUGGUGGCUGUGGAGGCCCUCAUCCAUGCUUCCACCAAGCUGAGCCGGGCCACCUUCAUCAUCACCAACGGAGUGACGCUGCUGAAGGAAGUCUACAAGAAGACCAAGAAUGAGAAGAUCAAAAUUCGAGCUCUCGUGGGUCUUUGCAAGCUGGGAUCAGCCGGGGGCACUGACUAUGGCCUGCGACAAUUUGCGGAGGGAUCCACAGAAAAGCUGGCAAAACAGUGCCGAAAGUGGCUGUGCAACACCAGCAUUGACAUCCGCACCAGGAAGUGGGCUGUGGAAGGUCUGGCGUACCUAACCCUGGAUGCAGACGUGAAAGAUGACUUUGUGGAAGAUAAGCCAGCCCUGGAAGCCAUGUUUGAAUUAGCGAAGACCAGUGACAAGACGAUCCUGUACUCGGUGGCUUCCACGCUGGUGAACUGCACCAACAGUUACGAUGUCAAAGAGCUGGUCCCAGAGCUUGUGCAGCUGGCGCAGUUUUCCAAACAGCAUGUUCCCGAGGAGCACCCCAAGGACAAGAAGGACUUUGUUUUGAAGCGAGUGAAACGGCUGCUGAAAGCUGGUGUCAUUUCAGCCCUGGCCUGUAUGGUGAAGGCUGAUAGUGCCAUCUUAACGGACCAGACCAAGGAGCUGCUAGCCAGGGUAUUCCUUGCCUUGUGUGAGGAUCCCAAAGACCGUGGUACCAUUGUAGCUCAAGGUGGUGGAAAGGCCCUGAUACCUCUGGCAAUAGAAGGCACAGAUGUCGGCAAAGUGAAGGCUUCUCAUGCUUUAGCCAAAAUUGCUGCCAUUUCCAAUCCAGACAUCGCAUUCCCAGGAGAGAGGGUGUAUGAGGUGGUCCGGCCGCUGGUCAGCUUGCUGAAUACAGAGAGAGACGGGCUGCAGAAUUAUGAGGCUCUAUUAGGUCUCACUAACUUGUCUGGAAGAAGUGACAAACUCAGGCUGAAGAUCAUCAAAGAGAAAGCCCUACCAGACAUCGAGAACUACAUGUUUGAGAACCACGACCAACUCCGACAGGCAGCUACAGAGUGCAUGUGCAACCUGGUUGUCAACAAAGAGGUUCAAGAGAGAUUUGUGGCCGAUGGAAACGACCGACUCAAGCUGAUCGUGUUACUGUGCGGCGAGGACGACGUGAAGGUCCAGAAUGCAGCGGCAGGAGCCUUGGCCAUGCUGACAGCAGCACACAAGAAGCUCUGCCAUAAGAUGACACAAGUGACAACCCAGUGGCUGGAAAUCCUGCAGAGGCUCUGCCUACAUGAAAAGCUGGAGGUGCAGCACCGUGGGCUGGUGGUUGCUUACAACCUGAUCACUGCAGACCAGGAGCUGGCCAAGAAACUGGUGGAGUGUGAGAUGUUGGAGAUCCUGACGCUCGUUGGUAAACAGGCAGAUGACUCCAAGAAACAGCAUGUCAUCAACGUGGCUCGUGAGUGUCUCGUGAAGUGCAUGGACUAUGGGCUGAUCAAACCUCUCUCCCAGGCGUGAGACCCCCCAAGACAAUGGCAGCCUGUCGAGGGAAGGCACAUGGAAGGUCUACAAAUCGACAGGCUCCCCAGAAGGAAAUUCAGUUGAAUUGCUGAGCACAGGGCAUACUUUAUUUUUAUGCUUGGGGAAAAUAAAUUUGAGUAAUUCCUAGACACUGCAUCCUUUAGUGCCAGGAUUCCAUUGCUAGCCAUGAACAAAUUAAAGUUCCACCGUAAAAGAAUCAAUCCAUGCAAUGUAUUCAACUGCUGGUGGUUCAGGAAGUCUCAAAAGUUUAGGGCAAGAUAGAGGUUCCAAGUAGACUUCUUUGGUGGGGAAAAAAAUCACAUUUUAUAUUUCAGCAGUUCCAAGUGAUGUUAAAAGAACAGAGGUGAAAGGUUGAAUUGUCUCACGUCACAUUCAUAAACAAGUUUGUUUUGGUUUUUUGAAAAUAUUUGAUGUUUGUAUGAGUGGAAUGCAAAUAUUUAGUGUUAGAAUAUUGGGUGGAUUCUCCAUUAAUAAAUUCUGUACUUUU